AUGAUACCAAAAGAGCCUAUUGCGGAGUUCUCACAGAAGCUCGUCGUUCAGUUCCGAGUCGCCCAGAACAAGGGACUCAUCAGCCCAAAUGUGUGUCUAGGUGACAGCGGUUUGGUCUGGGAAGGUAUGCAGGAGGAGAUCAAGUGUGCCAGAGGUUUGCACUCUGACAUCAGCAUUGAUCAGAUGGUUGCCGCCGACGCUGCUGUGCAGGCCAACCUUCUGACCGAAAAGGACAAAAGUCUUUUGCAUCGCCUUCUUGCCGAUCUGGAAGGUGAUAGCGGCGUUCCACGUUGCCUCCGCCCUUUCAAAAACGCGAUUGACCCCUUUGAGGAGGCUCCCACCAAGACGAGCAUUGCGGCCCUGAUCCAAGAGAUGGGUCAAUCAGCGGAGACCGCCAUGAACAGGAUCACAGAAUUCGGCAACGGCGACCAGCAAGGAGAACCCGCUUUCGUUAAACACAUCAUGAAGCCCUGUUGCAUGCUCUUGGACAUCGACUACCCUGGCACCCCGGUCGAAGGUCACCGUGCCAUAGUCCAGUCCGACUUGGAUGUGGGGAUGGACGUUAGUGCCAUCAUGUACCUCAGAAUGCUUCCAGGCACCGGUGACCUCCGAGACGCUGUUCAGAAGCUGAAAGGUUCGAACAGAUUCAAGUCCACCUGGAGAUUUCUCCUUUUCAAAGACAGGUUGUCUGGCAUUGAAUUUGAUGAAGGACGGAAGCACUUGUGGCAGAAGGUAUUUGGAGAGCCAUUCGAGAGAGUUUGA